CAUACAAGUACAAUAAACUUCAGCUGCAUUUCCAACCACCUCCAAUCACUAAUAACAUUCAAGUACCCAAGACAAUGCUCUUCGCACAGACGCUGAGCGACGACGCUAGGCACAUAACCUUUAACGCGCCUCAACGGCGCCGGUGUGGUUCUCAACUGCAACGCCUAUGUUUACAUUACAACAUUGAAUAACUGCCUAGUACUGGGUUACGCACAGCAUUAAAGUGCUACAUACCCUAGCACUGAGGUGGUUAAUACAUACUAUUAAUUUAUAUACAUAACUUCAACCCUGAAGCUCUUACCGAAUCUUCUUAAUUGAACCCACCUGGCACCAUCCAACCAUCUAAUCUCCGAUUUCAAUGGCGGACCUCACUAUCCGUAACCUUACCAUAACCCCGCUAGAGCUUAAGCUCGUGGAGCGUUUCGAAGGCCAACCCGCGUCUGGACGUGGAUCUCCUGUCUGCAGCUUUACGAGCAGGAUUAGCAGUCUUUUCAGCUCAUGUGCGGUAUCAACCCAUGUACGCAUCAAGAGCGAUGAGAUAGACCGUUGUGAUGUGUCUUUUGUCGUCGGGCCCUUCGAGACUUGCGUCACGGAUGUGCGCGCCGCAGACCCUGGCCGGGAGGUCAUUCGUCUUACUUUUGAAGAUUCGGAUGGGUACCAGUACCAAGUGGAUGUACCCAGCCCCUCGCCGCGUAGUACCGUCAUGAAAAGGCUAGACGGCGCGCCCAAUGAGUAUACCACCAUAUACGUACAGGCCGGCAGCUGCCUAGCUAUCUUCAGCUCGGCCAAUCUAUCGAGCUGGAUGCGCGAGGUGCACGACGACUACCCGCUCUCGGCCCUCUCCAUCCCCGGCACGCACAACACCCCAACAUACCACCUCGCGCUGCCGUCGGUGCGGUGCCAGGCGGCCAGCGUGCGCGAGCAGCUCGAGAACGGCGUGCGGUUUUUCGACAUCCGCGUCAACGUCAGCUCGGAUUCGUCAGAGCUUGCUCUUGUGCACAGCGCCUUCCCAGUCUCGUUGACGGGGACCAAGUACUUCAAGGACCUGCUGGACGUUGUCUACGCUUUCAUAGAAGCCAACCCAUCGGAGGCGCUCAUCAUGAGCAUAAAGCGCGAGGGUACAGGCAGGGGUACCGAUCAGCAGCUCUCCAAAAUCCUCAAGAACCGGUUCUACGAGGACGGCAGGCGGUGGUACACGAACCCGCGGAUCCCCAAGAUCGGCGAGGUGAGAGGCAAGAUUGUGCUUCUGCGGCGGCACCACAACGACCCGAGCUUGGACGGCGAAUGGGGCGGGCUUGGCUGGGGCCUCGACGGCAGCGUGUGGCCGGAUAACUGCGAGGACGGCCUCCUGGGCAGUGGGAUCGCGCGCGUGCAGGACUUCUACGAGGUGGACCAGAGCCACAACAUCCAGAAGAAGAUCGAGUUUGUCCGUUGCCAUUUAGAGCGCGCGGCGGAGCCUGUGUGCCAGUUACCGGGCAGCAAGGGACAUCAAGACCAAGACAGGGCGGCGCCGCACCCGUUUUUUGUAAGUUUCUUAAGCGGGAGUAAUUUCUUCAACGCCAACUGCUGGCCCGAGAAAAUUGCGGCCAAGGCGAACCCGGCCAUCAUCGAAUACCUGUGCUUACGUCACGCGGCGGAAGGCAAGGGCCCAGCAGGCCGAAAUGUAGGAGAUGGGAGCACGGGGGUGGUGGUGACGGAUUGGGUUGGGCUUGAUGGUGAUUGGGAUUUGAUUCGGUGUGUUGUAGGCUGGAACGCAAGAUUGCAGUUGAAGCAAAUAGAUUAGUCGGAUAUUUCACUCAGGCUCACAUUCAUACAUUUUUUGUCUUGGAUAGGUACUUUAGACUCAAAAGCGUAGCAUUGGUUUUCUAUUAUAUAAUUGGGGGUCUAUCCUAUUAUAGGCCCCUAUUGCCUAGAAGAUACUUAGAGAAGAUGGGUAAGUUACCUAAGGUAUAAAAGCUAAAGCACGAAGUUAUACCUGUAGUUUCAUCCGAUGUACAUGCAACUACAUCGAUUCAUUCACUAUACUCAUUCACGAUACUCAAAUAAGAGGUGCAUACCUGGUAUAUUAGAGAUGAGAGCCUUGAGCUGAUAUUCGUAUUUCGGCCUCAAGCUUGAAGCUUGAAUACUCCAGGUGCUGGGGCUGUUUG